AUGACGUCCAACUACACUGCACGAGUCUCCCAUGACUGCGCUCCCUUCAGCGUUGUGACAGUAAAUGUUGCCAUCGUGUGCCUUUACUUACUUCUGAUCCCCUUUGCAUUGCUGCUCAAUGGGGUAGCUGCAUGGGUGUCCUUUCACCUCCCGUCUUCGUCUACCUUCAUUGUGUAUCUGAAGAACCUGGUGGCUGCUGACCUCCUCAUGAUACUGAUGCUUCCGACGAAGGCAGCUAGCGAGCUACCGGGAGCAACAGUGUGGUUGCGGGCGUUCGACUGUCGCUACUCUUCCGUCAUCUUCUACAACUGUUUGUACACGGGUAUCACCUUGAUGGGUCUCAUCAGCCUCGACCGCUUCUUCAAAAUUGUUCGCCCAUUUGGGAAGCUGUUGGGACAAAGUGUUACCUUCAGUCGUGUUACAUCCAGCUUGGUUUGGUUGCUGUUAUUUACCGGCACAGUUAUCCCAACAAUCAUUCUGACAGACCAGAGUCCUCUAAAUAUGACAGCAGAUUUCUGCAUGUCCAUGAAAAGUCCAGCUGGUGUGACCCUUCACAAGUAUGUAGUCCUCUCCAUGGAUGCCCUAUUCUGGCUCGUCAGCAUACUGAUUGUGUUCUGCUAUGCAUGCAUCACCCUGAAAGUCCUGCAGUCCUUCAGAAACUCAGGGAGCAACAACAGCCAAGGGAAGAAGAAGACCAAGCUACGAGUCUUCUCGAUUCUUCUGGUGUUCUUUGUGUGUUUUGUGCCUCUGCACAUUAUCCGUAUUCCCAGCACAUUGCUUGAAGUGAUGGGCAUUGGUGGCUGCACGCAAACAUGGUUGACAACAGGCCAAACAUUAUGCCUGUGGCUGUCGACCACUAAUGCUUGUCUGGACCCGGUCCUCUACGUAUACCUGUGCAGGGAAUACAGAGACAAACUGGUGGACAUGCUGAAGGCUAGAGGCAUCAGUGUCCGGUUAUAUUCAGGAGAAAGAGAGGAGACUUCGCAGUAGAAGUAAGCCAUUUAUUAGUGGGAACAAAAAACUUUUGAAGUGUGACACAUUUAAAGCUCCUGCAGGUUCAAUUUGAUCUUUGGCGCCACCUGUGGACAAAGCCAUAGCCUAACUUUUUACCUUACUGAUACUGUGCUGGGUAUGUUUAAGAAGUGUUUUCUGAUUAAAAAUAUUUGCCUACUGUCUUUUAAAUGUACAUAGCACUAACUUAUCUUUACGUUCUCUGCAGUGUGCUGGCAAUAUCAUGUACUGACACUUACCCAGCAGUAGAAGUUACAGACAAUAAACACAACUAAAUACAAUUUAAUAUGGAUUUUAUUCAUGCGCUACUUUCAGGAAGUAAGGGACCUUAGCAGUCUUACACUGACUUACUGGUAUGAGCUUUAAAUUUGAUGCUAUACUGCCCUCUAGUGACCUAAGUAAGACUGUCCAUAUACUAUACAGUGAAAAAAAAACAGGCAGAAACAUGAUUGAUUUACUACAUCAGAUAGAUAUGACAGUUUAUUGACAGGGUACAAAAGUUUAAAAAUGUAAUAUACACGUUUGUCAUUGCUUGCAAUCAAAUGAGUUAUAACGUUUGAACACACGAAGCUCUAUGUUAAACUCAGUGGUCAGGUCUCAGUGUGUGUCUCUAUGCAGUGACAUGUACAUGUACUUAUAGAUAUAUAUAUUUAUUGGAUAUGGGAUUUUUGUUAAUAAA